AUGGAAAGAGAAAGAAGGGUAGCUGCGGAUAGGAAUUCGGCGAAACGAGCUAAAUUAAUUGCUGGUAGUUCUAUGGAAAGGAAAGGAAGCAAUAUGGGGUGGAAUAUUGGGAUUUUUUAUAGCAUUGCGGACAUGCAACCUGUCCGCACUGCUAUUAUUCUUACUACCGCUUUAGCUAACUUACCAGUUGGAUUGUUGCUAAUAUUAUAG